ACGAGCGCCCUCACGGUGCGACGAACAUGGCGCUCGGCCUCGCACCGAGGCUGAGCCCAUGGUAUCAAUGGAUGAGCAAGCAUUUGUGAGACCACUCGGUGGCCUAAAUUUCCACUGUUUCUUCAAUCCUGCGGCCACAUAAAGGACGCGCUGCAAGGUUGCUCAGGAGAGCCGUACUCAAAUCAUUGUGCUAAGGAUAAUGACAUUUAAUGAUUGGCAUGCAGUUUAUCGGCAACCCAUGCAGCUUGAUCAGACUGAAUAGCUAAAGGCGAGGAACCUGGCUUUUGAAACAAUCUGCUGGCAUGGCGUCCUCCCCGUUGAUCCUGCGGGUGAAAAGUGCACAGGGCCAAUUCCGGCUAGACACUCUCCAUGUCGACAGCACGGUGGAGGAGCUGCUGGGCUGCCUGUUCAGCUUGACAGGUGUGCCGCCAGCCUCAAUGCGCCUGCUGCUGUCGGAUGCUCCUCCGCGGCCGUUGGACUGUGCCGACCCGCAGCGCCGCCUCGAUGCGCUGCCCCUCCGCUCCGGUGACACACUCAUUGUCGAGGCCCGUCGUGAACAACCUGCAGCCUCUGUAGCAACGGCCAAAAAGAAAAAGGAGCACCACAAGGAGCACAAAACGCUGCCACCGCACAAGCCGGACGAGAAGAAGAAGAAAAACGAGGAGCCACUGCCGGGCGUGCUGGUCAAGCGUCCUGUGCCAGCGGACAAUUCUUGCCUCUUCACCAGUGUCUACCUGGCCCUCUCCAAUGGCGACUACGAUGCAGGUGCCAGUGGUGCCCUACGCCAGGUGAUUGCCGACUGUGUGGCAGCUGACAAGGAUACGUACACAGAAGCGUUCCUGGGUCGUCCAAACCGCGAGUACUGCACCUGGAUCCUCAACGAAGAGCACUGGGGCGGUGCCAUUGAGCUGUCAGUGCUGAGCCGCCACUACAAUGUUGAGAUGGUUGCGGUGGACGCGCAGAGUGGCCGGCUACACCGUUUCGGUGCUGACGAGGGCUUCGACCAGCGGCUGCUGCUGCUCUACGACGGCAUCCACUACGACCCGCUCGUGCUCGAGCCGCUCGAGCCGGGCCUGCCCGUGCGCACGCUCUUCUCGACCCGCGAGGACGAACUGCUGGCACUGGCACUUGAGCUGGCACAGGAGGCCAAGGCCAGCCGCCAGUAUACCGACGUGCGCAACUUCACGCUGCGCUGCCUCGUCUGCGACGUUGGACUCGUGGGCCAGGAAGCGGCGCGCCGGCAUGCCCAGGAAACAGGCCACAGCAACUAUGGGGAGGUGUGAUGGUCAAACGCACUGUUAGGAGCCUUUCGGUUGAUCGAGUAGGGCCACCUCAAAGAUGUAUUGAGGGGAGGAUGAAAUUAUGGCAUGCAUCUGUUUUCAUCAUGUUUGGAGACGUAAAAAAAUGGCUGCAAUUGGAUGUUUGUCCAAUCCAACUAGGGUUAUGCAGACAAAAGUGCGAAAGGUGAUGGCAUCCAGUCGCUUGCUUGCUGGCCCCUCUACUGCUUGCUAGCAUGCACUGGUGCGUAUGUAGAUCUCUUCUUCGUGCACUUUAUAUAUGUAGAGAAGGCAACUGUUGCGACUUCAUUUUGCUGCCAGCUGUUGCGGACCCGGGUUUCUUUUUCUUUACUUACUGCUUCCAUUUACAGGACCAUCCCGGUUAUUUUGAUCGUGUGGAAUGAUUGACGUUCCUUGAGAGUUUACAAAAUCUCUUACCGGUGCAAGUAUUUGGCAAUAGCAGCAGUUGUGGCACUGCAUAAAGAGAGAAUAAAUUUCUUCUUGACA